GGCGCGAGAGAGAGAGAGGGGGGCGGGAGGCCGUCCUGUGCGCUCCAGCAGUCCGGGGGCUUCCUCUGUCACAGGAAGGCGGCUGGCUGGCUGAGGGGAAGCCUCCUUUGGCUGUAGUAUUUCUCCUCCCUCCUCGGCCCCGUGGAAUGAGCUCCAGCCUCGGCUUUUUCUCGCCUCCGCUGUUGUUGUUGUUGUUGUUGAGGCAGGAAGUGAGGAAUGUUUUCGCUCUGAGAGGAGCAGAGAGGUGCAGGCGGCUCUUCGCUUCCAGGGAAAGGGGACCCGAGAAGCCUUGCUGACCUUUCCAACUCCCCUCAAAAAUAAAAAGGAAUACCCAUGAAAUGGUUUCAUCCGGAUUGCUCUCCAAACUGCGCCUGGAUGGUUGCAGUUAAAAGUCCGCUUUCCUUGAAUUGCUGCAACAGAAUUUUCGUCAAUGCUUCCUUUGCUCAGAUCUUGGAGGAGGACCUGCCACUUUUUGAUGGCUGCUGCUGCAGCUGCCGGUUGAUCAUCUGGGGACUUCAUAGCUCCUGACUAUUCGUGGGAGGCAAGGCAUUCCUGGAAGGCUUUCGGUGACUUCUUGUGAAUGUGCUAGGGAAGAAAAUGCCUCUGCCUUUCGGGCUGAAGCUGAAACGAACUCGACGCUACACAGUGUCUAGCAAGAGCUGCUUGGUGGCCCGCAUCCAGUUGCUUAACAAUGAGUUUGUGGAAUUUACACUGUCGGUGGAGAGCACCGGGCAGGAAAGCCUGGAGGCCGUGGCACAGAGACUGGAACUUCGAGAGAUCACUUAUUUUAGCCUCUGGUAUUUCAACAAGCAAAACCAGCGCCGGUGGAUAGACUUAGACAAGCCUCUGAAAAAGCAACUGGACAAAUAUGCCUUGGAGCCGACUGUAUUCUUCGGUGUGGUGUUUUAUGUGCCUUCUGUCUCCCAGCUUCAACAGGAGAUUACCAGAUACCAGUAUUAUCUACAAUUGAAAAAAGACAUAUUGGAAGGAAGCAUCCCAUGCACUUUUGAGCAAGCAGUGCACCUGGCUGGAUUAGCUGUUCAAGCUGAUUUUGGAGAUUAUGAUCAAUAUGAAUCGCAGGAAUUUCUACAGAGAUUUGCCUUGUUUCCUGUGGGUUGGUUGCAAGAUGAAAAGAUCCUGGAAGAGGCAACCCAGAAAGUGGCCUUACUCCAUCAGAAGUACAGGGGCCUCACUCCACCUGAUGCAGAAAUGUUAUAUAUGCAAGAAGUUGAGAGGAUGGAAGGAUAUGGUGAAGAGAGUUAUCCUGCAAAGGACAGCCAAGGAAGUGACAUAUUCAUCGGAGCUUGUCUUGAUGGAAUCUUUGUGAAACACAAAAAUGGCCGGCCUCCCGUCAUCUUUAGGUGGCAUGACAUUGCUAACAUGUCCCACAACAAGUCCUUUUUUGCAUUAGAAUUGGCAAAUAAAGAAGAGACUAUCCAGUUCCAAACUGAAGACAUGGAAACGGCAAAAUAUGUGUGGAGGAUGUGUGUGGCCAGGCACAAAUUUUAUAGACUAAAUAAAUGUAGCCUAGACUCCCCAGAUUCUCCGCCUGAGGAAGGCUCUCAGAAAUCUUUCCUCAUUCUUUCCUUUCCACGCUUUCCAAUCCUUUCUCGUCCUUCUCUGCUCAAAGGACAAGCUCAGGCAGUGACCGUGAAUCCGGUUAGAAGAAGGUCCUCCUCCAGGAUGUCUCUGCAGCCCAAACCGCAGCCUUAUAUGAUGGCUCCACCACCACCUCAGUUGCACUACAAUGGACCCUAUGCAGACCAGUAUACAUCUUCCCAAGAUAACCUCUAUGGGAAUAACCAGAAUGGCUAUUACUGCCACUCUCAGACCAGCCUGGACAGGGCGCCGCAUGACUACAAUGGCAGAAUCCGCAACGGCAGCGUCUACAGCGCUCACAGCACAAACUCGUUGAAUAACCCACAACACUACAUGCAGCCGUCGCCCAUGUCCUCCAACCCGAGCAUUACUGGCAGCGACGUCCUCCGGUCUGAUUACGUCCCGUCACACCGGCACAGUGCCCUCAUACCGCCUUCGUAUCGGCCUACCCCGGAUUACGAGACGGUGAUGAAGCAGCUUAACCGGGGAAUGAUCCACUCAGACAAGCAGAGCCACUCAAUGAGGAACCUUAACAUCGGCAACUCCUACGCCUACAGUAGGCCCGACGCCAUGGUUUAUAGCCAGCCUGAAAUCCGAGAACACGCCAAUUUCACCUCCCCUCAUUCUGGCCACUACCCGUUCAACCUGAACUACAGUUUCCACAGCCAGUCGCCCUACCCCUAUCCUGCCGAAAGGCGCCUGGUGGUUGGAGCGGUGAGCGUCCCUGAACUGACAAACGUUCAGUUACAGGCCCAGGAGUACCCUGCGCCAAACAUCAUGAAGACUCAAGUGUAUCGCCCCCCUCCUCCUUACCCUCACCCGAGACCCGCCAACAGCACGCCGGACCUUUCUCGGCACCUCUACAUCAGCAGCAGCAAUCCUGAUCUCAUUACCCGGCGGGUCCAUCACUCGGUUCAGACGUUUCAGGAAGACAGUCUACCCGUUGCACAUUCCCUCCAGGAAGUGAGCGAGCCCUUGACGUCGGCCCGGCACGCUCAGCUGCAGAAGAGGAACAGUAUUGAGAUAGCUGGCUUGGCCCACAACUUUGAGGCCAUGAGGAUUAAAGAGAGGACCAUGUCAGCGUCAGCCGCGGAUGUGGCCCCUCCAAAGGUGAUACUUGCCAGCUCGCAGCCCACUGUUUUCUUGGAGAGGAUGAAACAAGAGGAAAAUGAGGAGCAAGAGGAAAAUGUGAGCUAUGGGCAUAAGAAGUCUCUUUCAGAUGCCACUAUGCUGAUUCACAGCAGCGAGGAAGAGGAAGAAUUUGAAGACGAACACAAGGCCAAUGCAACCCUCUCUCCCUUCGUCAAUGGGAAACCCCAGCUUCCUUCUGUCAUGGGAUGCUAUCCUUCUGAAUCCUUACUGAACUACCCCUACAGCUCCAUCACUUCACAUCCGGGCCCUUUGCACAUACACGAACCCAAGUUGCAUAUUACUGAGACCGAGAAGAGAGUAAAAGAUGCGAGUCCUGCCCACAUCAUGGCUGACACUCAGGUACAGAGAAGAGGCGACGGACUGCUGACUCCGUCUGUGUCAGAGUCUGACUUAACAAUGUCUGCAAGGUACAGGGUGCGGAAGGAUUCCGUAAAGAAGAGGCCUGUGUCUGAAUUGCUUUCCGGGAAGAAGAACAUAGUGGAAGGGCUUCCUCCUUUAGGGCAGGUCAUGAAAAAGAACAGAGCCGAAGCCAAGAAAAUGGGACCUUUGAAGUUAGCUGCUCUAAAUGGACUGACGUUAUCUCGGCUGCCGCUGCCAGACGAAGGGAAGGAGGAACCUGCCAGAGCAACAAAUGACGAACGGUGUAAAGGUCUGGAACAAGGGUUGGAACAAGGGAUGGUGUUUACAGAAUAUGAGCGGAUCCAGAAGAAAAGGCUUCUUGAUGGGGACUGUUCAAUUGCCCGCCUUCCAGAAAACGCAGAAAGGAACAGGUUUCAGGAUGUGCUUCCUUAUGACGACACCCGAGUAGAGCUGGUCCCUACUAAAGAAAACAAUACGGGUUAUAUCAAUGCAUCCCACAUUAAGGUCUGCGUUGGGGGCAUGGAGUGGGAUUAUAUUGCUACCCAAGGUCCUUUGCAGAAUACAUGCCAAGAUUUCUGGCAGAUGGUGUGGGAGCAAGGGGUUGCCAUUAUAGCCAUGGUGACUGCAGAAGAGGAGGGAUGCCGAGAGAAAAGCUUCCGGUAUUGGCCGCGGCUUGGCUCGAGGCACAACACGGUGACAUACGGGAGAUUCAAGAUCACCACCCGAUUCCGAACGGACUCUGGCUGUUACGCCACGACAGGCCUGAAGAUCAAGCACCUCCUCACGGGGCAAGAGAGAACGGUUUGGCACCUUCAGUACACAGACUGGCCGGAGCACGGCUGCCCAGAGGACAUAAAAGGGUUUCUUUCAUACUUGGAAGAGAUACAGUCAGUCCGGCGCCAUACAAACAGCACUGCAGACCCCACAGCCCCCAACCCUCCCCUGCUGGUGCAUUGCAGUGCUGGCGUUGGGAGAACUGGCGUGGUCAUCUUGUCGGAGAUCAUGAUUGCCUGCUUGGAGCACAAUGAGCCACUGGACAUCCCAAGAAUGCUGGAUAUGUUAAGACAGCAAAGGAUGAUGAUGGUGCAGACCUUGUGCCAAUACACGUUUGUCUACGGAGUCCUCAUCCAAUUCCUUAAGAGUUCGAGGCUUAUAUAAACCUUCCUUACUCCGCUUCCUAAGUCUCGCUGUUUGCAAGAGUUUACAAAAGCAGUUUUGCCUUCCGCCGGGGCAACCUUUCUGGAUUGGUUUGAAGAUGCUGAGUGCAAGUCCAGUGACUUCGCUGGUUUCUGCAGAGCAAGACUUUGGGGUGGAUGGAUUUUCUUCUUCGUGUGCAGUUGGAACAAGAAAGGAAUGUGUGUGUGUGUGUGUGUGUGUGUGUGUGUGUGUUUAAAUAAUGUACUGAUAUGCAGUGCUUUUCAUGUAAUUCUGACACUGUGUGACUGAAGGCAAAAUAAGUGUGGAUCCUACCAAGACAUCACCAUUUUGAAAACCAAGGAUGGAUAAUUUUUAAUUCUUUUUUUUAAAGCCCGCUUUUAGAAUGAAGAGAGGGAAAACCCUGAAACUAUAUUCAUGUAUAUGUUUAGAUACAUCAUGUGGGAAAUACAUGUGCCCUGCAAACUGAGAGCAGUAAGCUAUGUAUACUCAGAAUAGACCCAUUGAAAUCAUUCUAUUAUUUCUGUGAGUUUUCUCUGGGUAUGACUGUGUUGGCUACCACCCUGGAGUUACAAACGGCAUCACUGUGCUUUUAAUUUUGUAUUUAAAUCAGUGCUAAUAUAUAUUUAUAUAUAUACUUUAAGACGCUCAUGAAAUGUACAGAUUUCAUAUUGGAACCAGCAUUUGCAAGAAGAUGGCACUUAAAAGCAGUUACUUUUUUGUACUUAACUUUUUCUUUUGUAUUAUUCUAAAAACUCCCAAUAGCGCAAUAUUUCAGAGUAUAUAAUAUGUAAGGGGAAAAGAAGGGGUUUGAGUCCGCUGGUUUAUAAUGUGCAGAGGGAAGUGGGAAGAAAUGGGAAGUGACAGUGACACGUACAGUUUGAAGUGUCAUAAAAUGAGCAAGAACAGUGUCUGUUUUGAAAGAAUGCGAGGUUUAAAAAACGAAGAAGUAAGGAGGAAUGGUUACAGCUGGCACUUUUUUUUGUUUUAAAGCUAAGAAAAGGAGAACGCUUUUUGCUUACAGUUCUAGGCCAAAAGGGGGGAAAAGGCAUUGCCUUUUUGUGCUAUGUAGCGCCCAGAAGCUCCAAAAUUAAUGAAGUAUAUCCUCAGUAUUAUUCUUUUAAAAAUAUAUGUAUUGAAAACUGGUUGCUACUACUGGUUGAAAUCAAGGUGGAUGCCGGUGAAAUUGAAGCACUCUCUUGGCUCUUAUUUAUCUAGGGAAACAUACUAGUAUGUUUUAAGUGGUUAACAUGCCCAUUACUAAGUCGUUUUUACUUUUUGUUUUAGAAAAAGUUUUUAAAGAUGGAAUCAGUGGGUGAGAGGAACAUGUAUGUGAGAGUGGGUUACUGGUUUACAUGCUUCAGCAGAGAGGCUGCAGUAUUAACCCUUCUGGUUUUAUGUCCCCCUGUCAAGGAAAUCAAAAAGUACCUUAGGUUCAUAGUCUGUGCUAUGGCAGCCUGUUUCCUUUCCUUUCCUGGGUCACAUCCCUUCAGUGAGUUUGAAAGGAGAUAGGAAGGAAGGAGUAUGCAUUUUGAUGGGUCUGCAAUCACUUGCAGAACCAGAAAUGGCAAAUGUUCUAACUGGAUGGCUAUGGAAGGCAUACAAAAGUAACAGGUUUCCCAUAAUUGCUUAAAAUGGAGAGGUGCACAUUCUCUCUACAGGCAUUUACACCGUAAACUUAUUUUAUUUAGUAAAUAAGCUGUUUUCAAAGCACCUCUGGCUGUGCUUUUGGGAUUGUGGUGAGCUCUUUAGUCAGGAAUUAAAUUGAUCCAUGUGUGA